AUGUCGUUGUCCAGGCUCUUGUCAGUACUAUACGAAGCAUUGUGCACUUACCCGACUAGAAGCCAAAUCACAAAACACUCUGUACAUGCUCUGGGCGCGGAGUGCGCACGCCUAUGCUCUGUCACUGCCGCCAACAGGCGCCAAAUCAUCCCAUCCAAUACCCACAUCGUCUCUUGCUCACACGAUGAGACGAUACGGCUAUGGGAUGCGGUUUCUGGUACUCCAGUGAGUGUCCUAUGUGGACACACUGGUUGGGUCUGUUGUGUGGCCUUCUCACCGGAUUUCAAGUACAUUGCUUCAAGUUCUGCGGAUCGUACCAUUCGCCUGUGGAGUGCAUACUCCGGAGAGAUCUUGGCAAAUUUUGAGGCAGAGGAAAUAUGGUCCAUCGCUUUCUCCCCCGAUGGCAAGCAGAUCGUGACUGGUGAAUCCUCUGGUAAAGAACAAAUUUGGAACGUCGAUGUAUUACUGUAG